AUGUCUUCAGAGAAACCACCACGACGCAGCGCACGGCGGGCAGAGCCAAAACCACAAAACAACUCACCGGAGAAUGGCGAAAGCCUGGAGAAACGGCGGCAGCGGAAUCGCAAAGCCCAGCGCUUAUUUCGGCUACGGCGUCAAGCAGCCCACGCAAACUAUGAGAAGAACUUGAUCCAUAUGGAGGGCGCCCUUGAGCAGAUGGCUUCCACAUUUCUCGACUUCACCAACGGGAUCCUUCAGUCACCGCUCAUUAGUCGGGAUCCUGCUCUCAUUUCAAAGCUCAGGACGGCAACCGACAGCAUUCUGUUUCUGUGCCAGGGCAGCAACAAUGAUCUGGAGGACAAUUCUGAUAACAGUCCACCCACCAUCAAGGUUGUUGGCCCCAGUCCCGUCUCCAGCCCUGAUAACGCUGCUAUCCAGCAAGGCUUCCACGGAAACGGGCAGCUUCCUCAACCACCCGCCGUAGACAACAUGUUUCUUGAUUUCAAUGCCUUUAAUCAGCCCCGGCCUGUACCUCAACCAGGCGUUCAACACAACAACCCGCUGUCCGGAUGGCAUUCGCCGCAGAUCAGAAACAUAUUUGGCAACGGCUUCAUGAGCCUACCGCCCAUCGACUUUGCCGAUUGUGCCGACACCGAUACUAUGCUGCAGAUGUAUCCGGCCGAGGACUCCCUGAGUAUGAUUGUGACCAGAGCCUCGUUGCAAAAUGCCUAUGAUGCCAUACUGAGCGAUACGCAGGCUACUACCCCGAUGGUAGAUAGGAUAUUCGGAUUCCCAUUGAAAUUCCGUUCCCGCGAGGAAAUUCUCAUGGUACUGCGCUGGUACUUGAGGCCCUCAUCUCCAGAGGUUGUUCGAUUAGCCACGGCCGAGUUUGACGAUUACUUGGUGGCUCAGUAUUAUCACGGAAUCGUCACGUCGCAGUAUAGAGCUGUCGAGGGAGUGUUUCGUGGAGAUAUUAUACCGCCGCCGGAGAAAGGUUCUCCUCCACCGGCGCAGAGUCGGAUCUUGAAUGCCUACCAGAUCGAGCAGUGGCUAUUAGCUUGCGGCUUGAGAUAUAUCGAUUUCGAUACCAUUGCGCUCACGGACCUCAAGCCAACAGGCUUACUCCUGAACACCAGACCCCCCGACGAUCCGGAUGUCCUCCUGGCAACCCUUGGGGCCCUACAACAAGAGGAUUCCAUCUUGGACGGCCAGACGGCAACUGGAUAUCAUACGGCCUCUGAAGCAUUUUCCAAAAAUAUCCGCCUGUCUAGAUCCCGACUGAUACAUGUUCUGACGGGAAUAUCCUUUUGCAUAGACAAAGGGCCGGCGUAUUGCGAACAGGCCCUGUUGGAGGCAGUGGUUACAGCCAUGAUUCCCGACAGCUAG